UUUCGGAAUGAGGCGGACUAUGUAUAAAAUACCGCGUUUUAAGUUAUUUUUUCGGUGUUUGUCGUGUGCGCCUAAGUGUAGUGUGACGUUGCUUGUCUUAAGCACUUUAUUAAUUUCAGGGUAAGAGGUUUUUUUUUGUAAUCGAUAGUGUCAUAUGUAGCGGCGAAAAUAUAAUUUCAAAAGGAGCUGUUUUGCGUGUGUAUGCGUCAAGAAUUCAGCAUGAGUUCAGUUGUCUUUUGCAAGGUGCAGUUAUUUUUUGUUUCUAGUACUUGCUUGACAGUGGAAUAAGAAAUGUUGCAUUUCAGUCGAUUCAGUUAGUUCCCUCAUGAGAAUUUCAGUGUUUCUAAUACAGGAUCUGCGAGAAUGAUCGUCGCUUGAUAAAGUGGAAAGGAUGGCGAGUCCUAACGUCCCGCCAUGAGUGAGCUUCAGGCCACGGUGGAGUUCUCAGUAGAGCUCUACAAGUUCUACAAUGUGGAUCUUUUCCAGAGAGGGUUCUACCAGAUCAGAACAGCAUUGCGGGUUUCACCAAAAUUACCAGUCAAAGUAGAAGUGAAUCUUCCACGAAACCAACGAAGUGAACUGGUGUUCCCAGCAUGUGUGGUCAAUGGAGCAGGAGUGAGCAAGACCUUCCAGAUCUUGUACCGCAAUGAAGAAGUGCUGCUGGACGAUGUCAUCAUGUUUCGUGCUCACAUCCUUGUUGACAGCCAUAAGGCAGAAGAGACAUUGGAGAGGGCUGAUUUCACUCUUACAGUAGAACUGUGGUUUACUGAUCAGACAUUUGGACCAGAUCAGCACAGCUCAAUUGCAUGUGUGUCAAGUCGCACACUCAAUCUGCGCUUUUCGCCUACCAGGGGACUCCAUUACCAUUUACCUGUACUGUUUGACUACUUCCACCUAGCUGCCAUCACCAUGACAAUACAUGCAAGCCUUGUUGCACUCCAUCAACCAUAUAUCAACACCCCACGUAGUGCAAAGCCUUGGCUGGGAGCUUCACAGAAACUGAACUUCAGGCAGCCUCAAUCUACAAUGGAGACUGUAUUUUUUGGAAGCCUGAACAGCACCAAGUGUGUGAGUUCUGGUUCACGACUGGCACAUGCACGCCAUGUGCACCAGGAGGUCUGCAGUAUUCUGUUGGCAUCAUACGAGACCUUGCAGGCUCGGCUGCACGAGUAUAUGAAACUCCUCCCCUCGUGGCAACAACUCACGCUUGAGACUGCAGACUGCUUUGAGAGGUUCAACAAUCUCAGCGAUCUAGCUAAGGAAUGCCACAGGAACCUGCUGGCGAGAGUGAACCACCGUUCUUCCAACAACCUCUUGGAUGCUCACUGGGACCAUCUCAGGCUAGUAGAAGUGGAAGAAGAAUUUGUGGCCUUAGCAAACAGUGACAUAGCACAGCUCUGUGCUGAGAAUAUUCUGCUGUGGCAACAGUUUCUUGAAGCUUUCACCUGCAAAGAUCCUGUCCAUCAACACCUGGCAAGACACCAUCACCAUUUAAGGGUGAAGAGAUUUGCAGAGGCAUUCUUUGUUUUGGAUAAUCCACGUCAGUCUGCUGCAGGAUGCUAUGAUGCAAACUAUCAGAACUACCUUGCUGUGUCAGAGAUGGUGAGGCGCUCUCGCUAUCUAGCAUCACUACCUCCACUGCCAGUGCAGUGCAAUGAGCUGGAUGGUGACAUUAACACACUGCCAAUAAUUUUUGAGGACCAGUACCAGGACAUGGCAGAGUUUGCCAGGAGACGUUCAGUUGCAGGUCGCAAAGCUGGAAGUGACCCAUUCCUGAGUGGUACUGCUGAUGUGAAAUCUGAUCCUAUUUGCCCUCCUCUACAACAACAGGAAGAUUGUAGCUGCGGUAUAGUCGCAAUUCUGGAAUCACGGUCACAGAAGAUUUUACCCCCCACAUCACAGCAGCCUACAGUGCAGCACACACCUUCUCAGAAGCCAACUACACCUUUAGUACCUCGUUCUCUGGGUCUGCUAGGUGUUAAUGAGCAGCAGCUAGCUUGUGAUGUCCUGAAGGCCACUCUAACACUGGGACCACACAGGGGUCGGCAGAUGCCAACCUCUGUAGCAACUUCUGGGGGAACACUUCCAUCACACCGUGGGGCCUCUGACAGUGAAGGGCUGCCUGGUACCAGAGCAGCUUUGCCAACACGACACAGCAAGUCGUUGGACCAACUGAAGACAACUGGUACAUCAACAGCGCCUCAACCCGUGGUAUCUGUAUGCCCGAUUCCAUCACAACCGAAACUGGUGCCAAAUGCCGCAACACGGCGAGUGGCAGUUGGAAGGUGGACAGCCGCUGACACAUCUACUGCACUGCCAACCUCUUCUUCAUCUGCCCCCAAUCCUUCUCUGGGUGUUCCUCACAUUCUCGGUGUAACACGGUCCUCGUCCACACAGAUACGGCGCGAGAGAAGUGUCGACUGCUUGGAGUUACCGGCAGUAGGUGCGGGGCGAUCUACUGCACCGACUGUCCCUCCUCCGAUGCCUGCAACAUUGCCACUCCCUCCGGGCCACGGUCUUAAAGAAAAACUGAAAAAUAAUCUCCGCUUAGAACUUAAAGUGGCUGACACAGAAGUGGUUGGUACUUCUCCCUCCACAGAGUCUGGUGAUUCGGUUGCCAAUAGUGCAUUUAAGAGGUUGGAGCAGAGUGCAAGUGUGCCUUUUAAUCUCAGUGAAACCACAGACCUAACAAUGAAGCAAUCGAGAAGUACGCCGUCAGUUCCGAGUGUCGCAGUGUCGCAACGUGAUCAGAGGAUUCCAGAUGACAUCGAGCCUCUGCGGUUCACGGCUAGUACCGGUGGCUCGAUGCCCGAUUUAGCAGGACCUCUUCCACCGACGAUAUCUCCUCCGAAAGACACCCCGUCUGAGCCGGAGAAGUUGCCACGGACUCCUGCAGGACCUACAGAGCUCAGCAAGAUAGAAGUAGGAUUGUACAGUUCAGCAGAUCCAGCCUUGAUUUCUGUAGAGUCAAGUUUAGUCGAGCCAGUUCCAACAAGUGUGAGACCGAAACCUCGUUCCCCAGGAAAAUCACCUUUGUGCCCUUCUCUGUCCUCACCUCCCUCCUCUUCUCUUUCUGACAUAACAUCUGAACAGAGUGGAUGGGUGUCUAACUCUAGUGGAAGAACAUCUGGUGAUACAUCCAGUGGUCAGUUGAGUCCAGAAGGAAGUGAUUUUGUUCCUAAAAUUUGUAUAGAACGUCGUUUGUCUAGCAAGCAACAUCGAGUAGUGAACGGAGAUCAGCUGCGUGCCAGAUUGCAGGAGCUGGCAGAGCCUUUAGAUUCCAAACCGCCCUCAGUGGAACAUCCUUACGAAGAGCUUAGAUUGCCUCCACCAAAACAAUUCCGGGAUGAUCCUCCUCCACCAGAACCUUUCAGAGAUCCUCCGCCGCCUCCUCCUCCACGAUCUGUUCCCUCUAUUACGAGGAUCAAGCCAAAGACCUCACCCCCACUGCCAAUUGACAAUCUUCUGUAUCAUGUGUAUGAAAGUGUGAAAGAAGUUGAAAAGAAAUCCUUAGAACCAAAUGUGCGGAUUUUGAGUGAAAAAGAAACUGAGAAAGAUAAAUUAGUGAAAGAGAGAGAGAUACAAUCCCAAGCUCAAAGUGCAUCCUCAAAAGUAGAACCAAUAGCAAGCAAAAAAACGCCGUCUCCAAAGGCGCCAGCUGUCGAUCAGCCAUGUUCCUGCCCAGUGCCUUCAUCACUUCCUGGUCCACUGCCGACACCAGCACCGACACAAACUCCAGCACCUCAGCUGCCUCAAGCACCAGCAGCUUUGUUGGCUCCAGCACCCCUACCAUCCUCUGACAGGAUGUGUGAGUGCUACUCCAAGGAUGGGGAGGAACGCUUAAGGCAGAAGUUGGUCUCUUCCAUCGCAGAUGAAGAACUCAGCUUCAUCAAAUUCAAAGAAGAUUUUAAAAGACAGAUGAACUUCACAGGGAUGAUUUACAGUGACUUUCCAACUCUGGCCUCCACUUUGCCUUAUUUUCACAUCAGUGAUGAAUAUAGAAUAUUUUCUCCAGAAGGCUUACAUUUGAUAGUCUGUGUUCAUGGCUUGGAUGGGAACUCGGCUGACUUGAGGCUUGUGAAAACGUAUCUUGAAUUGGGCUUACCAGGUGCCAAUCUAGAAUUCCUUAUGUCGGAAAGAAACCAGGGUGAUACAUUCUCCGAUUUUGAUACGCUGACGGACAAGUUGGUCGCAGAGAUCCUGUAUCACGUGGAGGCCUGUGGACUAAAUCCAGCAAAGAUAAGCUUCAUUGGACAUUCGCUGGGGAACAUCAUUAUACGAUCAGCAAUCACACGCCCUCAGAUGAAGCAUCUGCUGCCUCGUCUACACACCUUUCUUUCACUGUCAGGGCCUCAUCUUGGCACACUGUACAAUAAUAGCGGCCUUGUCAACAUGGGGAUGUGGUUUAUGCAGAAGUGGAAGAAAUCUGGUUCACUCUUGCAACUUGCAUUACGUGAUGCUGCUGAUGUGCGUCAAACUUUCCUGUACCGCUUAAGUCAACGCUCAAACCUACACCACUUCCGAAAUAUUUUAUUGUGUGGAUCUUCGCAAGAUAGAUACGUUCCUUUGCAUUCGGCUCGAAUAGAACUUUGCAAGGCUGCUGUUAAGGAUACAUCAGUUCAAGGUGCUGCUUACAGGGAGAUGGUGCACAACAUCCUAUACCCCAUUAUCAGCAAACCAGAAGUAACUUUUGUUCGCUAUGAUGUACACCAUGCGCUGCCAAAUACGGCUAAUUCUCUUAUUGGCAGAGCUGCUCAUAUUGCUGUGUUAGAUUCUGAACUUUUUAUUGAAAAGUUCCUUGUGGUGACAGGCCUCAAGUAUUUCAGAUGAGCUUAACAAUUUAUACGUGAAAGAAACUGCAUUUAUAUGCAGAAUUAUAUGAAGAGCCGAUUAUCAACAUUCCUUUUUGUGUGUAUAACAAUCAUUGCCACUGGGGAGGGAAACUUUUAUCGAGCUUAGAGGAAAAUGAGAAUUUGCUACUGGGACUGGAAUUUUCUUUAAAAUGUUUCAGUGUUCCUUCCCACAAUUGUUUUUAUAAACAAGUCUGGAAAUGGACUAAUAAUGGCAGCUGUAAUAUUGAUUGUGUGAUCUUGCCUACUGCUCUGACUGCCAGCAGCAAUUUCUAUGCCUCAUACAAGUAAUUAAAUCACAGUUUGAUCUGUACUAUAUUAAUCUGCCAUGUUGUGUUUCAAAACAUGAAGGAACUAAUUGUGAACAAGCACCAGCAUUCUGGUAGGACUUUUAAUAAAAUACUUGAAAAGAAAAAAAAUAUAAUUACAAAGUAGCUAUCUGGCAGAAAGCAAAUUUUGAUUUCAACUUGAGUUGUUAUACAUUAAGCGGUGCACAUGCAACGGUGUCCAAAACAAUUGUAAUAUGGCUUGUGUUUGUAUUUUAUCUAACCAAUCAGGUAACAUGUGAUAGGCUGUUGAAUCCACGGGGAUUUCAAAUCGGCGUUAAAAAUAGUCAUUGAUAUUCAUAAUAUUACUUCUGGAACAAUUGUGUUCAUGUUUUGCUGUGGUGCCACAAAUAAAUGGGGAAAAAAGGAAAGGACAUACACCAAAAUUUUAAGAUAUUUAAAGCUUUCAAAGAGUAGACUGUGUUGUACACUAAUAAUCUUUUGCAAAUUGUUGUUAGAAAUUCUGGAUGGUUUGUAAAAUUAUAAAAUGUGUGGUAACAUAAACUUCUUACAAAGUAUGUUGUAAUAUUCGUUGCUGAGCAUAUUAGGUGACACAUUCAUGUUUAUUCUUGUUCUUACGACUUUUUUUUCCCUCCCCAUAAUGAAGUUCAAACGAUGUCAAUUUGUUUGCUCAUGUUUUCAGUCCCUAUGAGAUCUGAAACCUAAAUUGUAUAGUAACAGUUCUCAGUUUUUAACUGAUGUUCACACCAAGUGCUAGUAAUAUAAGAGUAUACUUUGUCGAUUGUCGUAUUUGUCUACUUUACCUACACAUGUUGAUUCUUAUUUGUACUGUACAUUUAUAUACAGUGUGGUUAGAUGGUGUUGAUAAAAAUUUUAAAAGGAAAUUAAAAAAAAAAAGAAGGGCUGUUCUGUAUGAUUCAUGAAGAGUCCCUCCAAAUAUUAGCUGUUGGUUUAUUGCUCACAGUGUGUCAACAUAUAGGUACAUUAAUUACUGGUGAUCUGUAAACAGUGUAUUUCAUGAAAAUAGAUAUCAGGUUUGAAUUAAAAGUGACUCAUCAGUUUAUGAUAAAUAAAAUAUGUAUUAAAAUGUUCAUUUAGCGAGUGUAAUGUAACCUGUGCAUGUUGACUCUCCCAGGUUUAUUUCAUUUGAUAAUGCAGAUUUAAAAUAUAAAUGUCACUGAACAGUCAUGAUUUUGUGUUUCAGACAAACAGUUAGUGAAAUCUGAAAUUGCAGUGUGAUUAUUUUUAAUGAAAUUCAUUAUUUCCAUGAUGUAUUGGAACAAGUGGCAUGUGACAGGUAUAACAUGACCUUUUUCCAUUGUCUUCCAUGGUCUUAGCAAUUCAAGUCUUCCUAUCUCCAAACUUUGCUAACCAUUGAUUGCAUCAGAAGUAACAGAAAAACUCCUCCAGUCUAUUUUUCUCAAACACUUACAUUGUGCAUCUCUUAGUGCUUUGGUUCAUCUUACAUUAUUAAAACUGCAUUUCUGUAAAACUGCAUAUAAAAAAAUGUAGAUAACAAAUAACAAAAAUUAUGGAUGUAAGCACACUGUGAGAGUAUAUUGAAUGUGUGCAAAUGAACAAACACCUUUAUCCACCAUAAGCACACAUAAAUAAAUUACAUUGUUCGUUUGCCUUCUGUUUGCAUGCCUUAGGAUCACAGUCGGAAAACUUGUACCGCCUUCUUUUCUGUAUUUCAUCUCCAUAUGAUCAGUCACUCCACACUUUCUCCAUCCCAUUAGCAUCCUUAAUUUAGCAUCUUAAAAAAUGUCAGACUGUCAGAUUUUGUUAACAUUUUAGCUGGCUUUAAUAACUGGGUGAAAUUAAAGAGUGUUAGUUGUCAUAAAACUUAUUAAAAUCCCAUAACUGAAAUCAUCUUUAGAAAACUAAACUUGAGAUUUUGACAAAGGAGGAGCAGCAGUUUAGCAAACAUUUUACUCCAUUAUGUACAAUGUAAAGACUGCUGUGAUUGUUUCCCUUAACCUGUUGAAGCAUCAGAAUUGUAUUUUGAUAUAUAUAAGAGUGCAGAUGUCUCAAUGGAUAUCUGUUGUUUUUUUAUCAAAUUAAAAAAAGAAAGCUUGCAUACUAAGACUAUUGGUAUCCCUGAUCAUGAGAGCAACAACUUAGGAAUUUUAAUCCUUCACUUUGAUUACUCCAAGGGUACAGGCUACAUCACAGAAAAUGAAAGCUUCAAAACGCAUUUCUAGCAGAUUCUAAAUCAAUGUCAUAUGGUUUAACUAAUUGUUUCAAUAUUAGUGGCUCCUCAACAGUUUAGUUUAUUUAAUUAGCUUUGUCUUUCCUCAUAUACUUGCUCAAAAGCUUUCCACUGUCAGCUUCACAUAUUUUGUGUAAAAUGUAACACAACAGCUUCAAUGUUGAUAUUAUUAGUAUUUUAAAGCAAGAAUGUUUCUUUGAAAUGUGCAGUUUCUCUCUUUGGACACAUCUGACAGCAACCAUCACAAACAGUGAAAAUGAUCAUUUAUGUGACAUAUUUUAAAUGACUAAAUCUGGGAGCUUUAACAUGCUUGUUAUAGCUUUAUUUGAACUAAGUCAACUAUUUGUUCAUUUCCAGCAAUAACUGUUAGAGUGAAUUAGUUACAUGACAGUGUCAUUUCACUCAUGGGUGCUGAUGAAUCUGUAUUAGUGUCUUCAUUGUAUGGAUGCCAAAGUAUUAAACAGAAUCAGAGAAGAACUCUGAAUAUACUGUACCUGUUACAUGGAUAAUAGAGUUUAUCUUGCAGAAAUGUUAAACAAUUCACACUAGUUUUGUGCUCUGUGGCAAGUAUUGUGAUAUCGAAAACAAAAAUGAAAACAGCCCAUUAAACAUACUUUGCUGCACUGUUGCUCUGUUUUCACCACUGAAAGAGAUAAGUAAGCUUUGAGAGCUUUGUAACUGUUAAAUAAUGUGUACAAGACUAUAAAGUGUAUCUUCACCUACAAAAUGUUUUAUAAUGUUUAAUAAAUGAACUGAUUAUUUAUUGUUUGUAAGAACAGUGAAACGCCUCAAAUAUACGUGAAUAAUUUUUA